AUGGAGAAGGAAGUGAUUUUCCAGGAAAAUGACUUCGAUAUGAAAGAUAUUUUCAGUCCAACCAAACGGACCCUAAGGCUUUUGGCUUUUCCUUUGCAGAGUUCAAUUAGCGCUUGGGUGGAGAGCAGAAUGGAGGAGGGCGAGGGUGCUGGGGUUGUAGGUAGCAGCAAAGAACAUGAAGUCGAUGAUGAAGGAGAAGGCACUACUGCUAACACUAUGGCUAAUAUUGAAGGAGAAGAAGAAGAUGAUGAUGAUGAGGAUGAAGAGGAAGAAGGGUAUAAAUUCAGGUUCAGUGAUGACAUGGAUCCUCUGGCUUUUACCAAAGAGGACGCAUCUGGGCUCCAGCCUUACGAACAAUUCCAGCGCCUGGAGCACGACUAUGAAGCUUUGGCUGCCAAAAAGCGCAAGGCCCGUCUCCAAGCCAUACCCCAAGGGGAAGUACCUGCAGCUAAAAAACCACGGCAACGACAAGAGGAUGUUUCUGGUGCAACCAUGGAAGAAAUAAUGGAACUCAUGAAUUAUGGCUCUAGAAGAAGAUCCAGGAAGGUAUGGUAUUCAUGCAUGUUCACUUUUUUCCACCAUAGCUUUGUGCUUUCACCAAUUUUUGCUCUUGCACUUGUGGCUAAGUUGGAGGAUUUCGAGCUUAACUAGUCUAGACAAUUUCAAAAUCAUGUCUUUU